CGCACGCGCUACGUCAGCGCCGCUUCUGCGAGGCCGCCAUCAGGUCUCUGGGCUGCUGUUCAGGUCCCGCGGAAGCGUUCCGGCCGUGUAGGAUUCUCGAAAUAGGAGCCCAGCUGGCGCUGGGGCCGGCGCCAUGCCACUGCGGGUGGCAGUGGUGUGCUCGAGUAACCAGAACCGGAGCAUGGAGGCGCACAACAUCCUCAGCAAACGGGGCUUCAAUGUCCGGUCCUUUGGAACGGGAACUCAUGUGAAGCUUCCAGGACCCGCACCCGACAAGCCAAACGUUUACGAUUUCAAAACCACUUAUGAUCAGAUGUACAAUGAUCUUCUGCGGAAAGACAAAGAACUCUAUACACAGAAUGGCAUUUUACAUAUGUUGGACAGAAACAGGAGAAUCAAGCCCCGGCCAGAAAGGUUCCAGAGCUGCAAAGAUCUAUUCGAUCUGAUCCUCACCUGCGAAGAGAGAGUCUACGACCAGGUGGUAGAAGAUCUGAACUCGAGAGAACAGGAGACCUGCCAGCCGGUGCACGUGGUCAACGUGGACAUCCAGGACAACCCCGAGGAGGCCACCCUGGGAGCGUUCCUCAUCUGUGAGCUCUGCCAGUGUAUUCAGCACACCGAGGACAUGGAGAACGAAAUCGAGGAGCUGCUGCAGGAGUUCGAGGAGAAGAGCGGCAGGGCCUUCCUGCACACCGUCUGCUUCUACUGAGACGCCCACCUGCUACC